AUAAUUCUUUAGAGUGAAUACAUUUGUUGAGUCCCCUCUUCCGACCCCUUCAUAGAAACAGUAUAAAAGGCAUCUCUGAAAGGAUGGAUAGAAGGCUUUCAAUGUGGGCCGUCACUGAUGUCUCGUCGGCAGCGCUCGCCAACAUCAAGGAGUCGAGUCAAGUGGGAAGCAGUCUUCACGUCAAAAAUGGUGGUCUAAACCAUCUCACGACUUUAGACAAACUUCCGGAUAAAAUAGUACUAAAAAUCUUCACAUAUCUGCCUCAUCGGGAAGUGUCACGUUUGGCACGAGUUUGCAAGAAAUGGCGAAUGAUUUCAUGUGACUCUAAACUAUGGACACACGUCUCUCUCAGACCCGAUGUGUCGGGACUGCAUGUGACGAGUAUGGAGUCUCUCCUCGCACUCAUAUCCAUCCGUUUCGUUAUUUUUAUGGAGGGUUUUAUGAGAAAGAUAUACAAUUUCAUUAAUGGCUUAGAAGUCUUGCAUUUAGUCGGAACUUAUGAGAAAGCGGUCGAAGAGGAAGAGGAAGAAAUCUAUGAAGUGGUGAACAUUCAUAAACUGAAGAGCGCUGUUCCCAACCUUCGAGUCGUUAAUUUAUUCGGCAUUAAUUUCGUCGAUGACAGUCAUGUAGACUCUCUUAGUAACCUACAAAGCGAUCACAUGAUGUCCGUGGAGUGGGAGAAGACAAGUAUCCAAGAAUUGGAUAUAACGGCCACUGAAUUGUCCACAGAAUGUCUAAUCGACGUGUUGUGUCGAAUCCCGUCUAUCCGUUACCUAAGCGCCGGACAACAGGACUGUUUCACAGAUUUGGUUUUGAAUGAGUUUAUGGAAAAGGGAUACACAAAGUCAUUGAUUUCAUUAGAUUUGGAUCGCAAUGAGAACGUGUCGGAAGAAGUGUUACUCAAAUUUCUCAAAAUUCAAGCGCCGUUACUGAGAGGACUACAACUUUCUGGUUUACCACAUCUCACAGAAUCGUUUUGGACAACAGUAUUGCCGUGGCUUAAGAACAUCAGAGUUUUAGUGAUGGGAAUGCCUGAGGGGUGUUGUCAGAAGAUUCACCAGAAAAUACAUAUCGACUCUUUGAUUGAUUCAAUUGCCAAUAAUUGUGGUCAAGUGGAGAGAAUCGAAGGGCGUUGGGAUUCAGAGACACUUCGUUUCUCUGACAGAAGUAGUAAAGCCGUCGAUGCGAUUAGAAUGAAGUGUCUGAGACUUCGCUGUUUAUGUCUAAGCGAUGGCAAAUACUUUGAAAUGGUCAAAAGCAACUUUGAAAGAGCCGAUAGAGCCACUGUUGUCCGCUCGACCACCAACUGUAGGGUUACUUUAGUUUAUUUGCUCUACAAUUAUAGGGAUUUGAUAUUCAAUUAGUUAACAAUAAAACAUUACAUUUUAUUUAACUUUCGUUUUUUUGACUAAAUAUGAGACUAAGAAAUAAAGUAUAAAUUAAUAUUUAUCAGAGGUUUAGUGGCGAAACAUCUGCAGGAAGUGUUAUAUCAAUCGAUACUAUAAUGCGGGCAAUAGUUAUUGCCGUUUUGUAAGCUUUUAAAUCUAUUAAAUAUUAUUAAAAUCUAUAUCAAUGAAUAAAAAUUUGUUUAUUUUAAACUACCCGGC